CUGAAAUGGUUGUCAAACUGGUCAUUGAAAUCCGGAAGUCACCUUCGAUUCGCCAUAAAAUAACAACUACGUUCGGUAAUAAAUUGUAGUUUUUAAAAAAGGAAACAAGCCACAGCAUGAAAUAUCGUACCGUAAGUUUGAGUGUUUAUUCGUAAAUGCUGAAUCGCCAACGAAGGCUGAAAGGAUGGACGUCAGCAGAGCAGACGAAGACUCGUACAUGAAUAACCUCAUUGGGACUUUACUUGCUAUAUUUGGAAACGUACUUGUCAGCAUCUCCUUAAAUAUUCAGAAAUAUGGCCAUGUGACCAUCAUAGGAGCCAAGGACCCCCAGUUUUUCUACCACACCAAAACUUGGUGGUUUGGCUUUUUUCUCGGUAUUUUAGGCGAGGCAGCCAACUUCAUGUCCUACGCUUUUGGGCCCCUCAGCCUCGUAGCACCCCUCAAUGCCGUCUCCUUUCUGACAAGCUUCAUUUUGGGCUUUAUUUUCAUGCACGUGAAAUCAAAGCCGAAGGACUUUGCAAAGAGUCACGGGCUAUCCUUCCUCGGCGCCAUCUUAUCUGUUGGAGGGGCGUACCUCUUUGUGGCUUUUGGACCAAACUCGCAUGAAAAACUGACAGCCGAAGUCGUAGUGCAUCACCUGGUCGGGUGGCCUGUUCUCUUAUAUCUGGUCCUGCAGAUCAUCACAUUCUGCCUGCUGUUAUAUUUCUAUAAACAGAAAAAUGCAAAUGCCCUGGUUAUCAUCCUGCUGCUGGUUGCUUUGCUGGGUUCAAUUACGGUCAUCUCGGUGAAGGCCGUGUCCCACAUGUUGAUAUUGACCCUCGAGGGCUCCAUGCAGCUUGACUAUCCCAUCUUCACCGUGAUGUUUGUGUGCAUGGUGUCAACAAUUAUCUUUCAAGCCAGUUUUCUUUCCGAUGCUUCCAAGUUGUACGACUCAUCCCAAAUCGCCAGUGUUAACUACAUCCUGUCCACCGCUUUAGCUGUCUUGGCAGGUGCUGUGUUUUACUUGGAAUUUAAUCACGAAGACAUCCUUCACAUCAGCAUGUUCUUAUUGGGAAUUGCGGCAUGCUUCCUGGGUGUCUUCCUCAUCACCAAAACCAAGAAGAAGAAUAACACCUUUGAGCCUUACGUCACCAUGAAUAUGAGUAACGGGGUACCGACCAUCCACAACAAGGGUCCAGACGUCCCGGCUGGCUUCACCGGUAGUUUCUCUUACGGUGCUCUGGUUAACAGUGACGGAAUGACUCCUAAUCAGCCCGUCAACAAGGAGCAACCCACCACCAGCUUCAGACCCACGCGGGCAUCUAAUGGACCUCCUGCCAGGAAGAAAGAUUAGCAACAAGCUUUUACAUCUUUAGGUUGGUGAAACCUCCAAAGUCAAACUCAUUCCGUUGGAAGUGAAGAAAAUUUCCUAUUUGGGUGUUUUGAAUUAUUUGACCAACACAGAUCCAUAAGGUUAAAAAAAUGCAACAAACAAGUUAAAAUAUGUAAAUUGAUUUUGAUUAUUCCUUUUUUUUAUGAAAAAAAAAUCGGUUGGGACUAUUAGCCAAUUAACAAAAAAAGUGGAGGGAGGGGCUUGACUUGGGAGCUUUCACUGUAUUUGUGCCUGCCUAUUUAACUGCAAGGAUGGCCUUGACAAAGGGAAAAAAAAACAAGCUCAGGACCAGCAAAACAACUUUUAAGGGUUGGGAUUUCAUAGAAAUGUGACAUAUGGCUUGAAACUUACUACCUGUAGCGUUGGCAAUAUUAGAGCAGACGUCGUACUGUUAAAUGCAGACUGCUGAAGCCUUAAAGCCAAUGAUUGCUUUAAAUUGACGAUUUACUGUAAAUAAUCUGCCUUUUGAGACGUCUCCGCCAGCGCAGGCUUCACUCCAGUUUUACCUCCUGUUUUGGGGGUUGUAUUACUACCUUUUUUUUUGUGAAUGGGUCCAAUGCAAAUGCUUUAAUUUAUUGUAUUUAUUGUGCCUUAAAAGGGAGUAGCUCUACACUGGAUAAAAACAAAUACAAUCACA